UGAAAAAUAAAAACGCCUUCGGAAGGUCUUUUCUCUGUGAUGGAUUCUCUUCUGUGUCCCUUGCGGAGUCACGGGUGCUUAAAAUAUAUUUUGGGGGUUUUGUUGAGUGAUUAUUGCGACAUUCUAUACUAUUUAGCUUCCAUGAAAUAAAGCGAAGCAAAUUUCAGGAAUUUUGCAGGGAUGAUUCGAUCUUAUCGAGAUUUUUAUUUUCGUCGUUGAGCAAUGGAGAAACUGAAUGCAACUUGCGUGGUUGCAGUGUUGGUGCUGUUCGCGUGGAACUUUGCAUGCGUCGACGCACAAUAUGAAGACGCUAGAUGCAAAUGUGUUUGUCCAGAUACUGCUGUACUAGGGCCGAAUUUCACCCACUCGAACCGAACUGUUUACAUCAAGAAUGUGGUCACCAAAGAA